AUGUCGGAUGGACCUCGCGCUGUAACUGGUGGAGCGCUUCCCGCAGGUGCCAUCACUUGUAACAGGGUUCAGGGAGUCUGUGCAACUGCUGGAGCAACACUUCCCGCAGGUGCCGUCGCGUGCAAUGUAGUUCAGGGAGUCUGUAUGGCUUCUUGCGCAGCGUCAUUCUUAUGCCCGAUCCCUUAA